AUGCACACAGACAACGAGUACGUGCAAUCGUUUUGGAUUCUGUGCCGUGGCAAGAUCCGCAUAGCGAAGGAUGCGCCGUAUAUUUUUAUUCUGUGCCUAGUACUGCUUGCCGGUGUGCCGGCCGUAUGGUUCGGGUUCGAGGCCAAGUACCUGUGGCGGAGCGUCAGCCCCGCGCCCGUGCUGCUUGUGGCCUAUUUCUAUGUGAAUAUGCUCGCAUGUAUGCUUGUUACCACGUUUCGUGAUCCUGGUAUCCUCCCACGCGGGCUGGACCCGUACCCUGAGCUCGAUUCGCCCGUGCAGGCCCCGUUCGGCAUCGAGCCGCCGCAGGUGCAGCACAAAAAUGCUUCGUAUACUCUUACCCGCGUAGACGAUGGCGGCGCAGCAUCGCUGGGCCUUACGACCACCAUCGAAGGGAAAUGGUGCACGGUGUGCAAGCUGUAUCGACCGCCCCGCUGCAGCCAUUGCCGUGCGUGCAAUACAUGCGUGUACAAACUCGAUCACCACUGCGCGUUUCUGAACGUGUGUGUAGGGCAGCGCAACUACACGACUUUCUGCGCGAUGCUGUGCCACAUGUUUUGCAUGUGUGGCACAGGCGUCGCAGGCAGCAUCGUGCACUUGUAUUACCUCGCGGCCCCUUCUGAUCCGCGCGCACCCAGCGGCUUUGUACAUGCAGUCAAGACAAGCCCCGCCAGCAUUGCUUUGUUUUGGAUCGGCACUGUUUGCAUGAUACCCGUGCUGUGCCUUGCUACGUACCACGUAUGGCUCGUUGCGCACAACCGCAGCACUGUUGAGCAAAUCCGCCUUACGGAUGCGGGCCAUCUGUACGAUAUGCAAUCAUCUAGCGGUAUGCACGACCGCAAUGUGUGUGUGCGCAUGUGCAUGCGCUUCUCUGCACGCGUGCGGAACUUGUGUGUACCUGCAGACUUUGCAACGCCGUCCACUGAAAAGACGCACCAUGCGCGGGAGGAUGUGCGCAAACGCACGCCGUUCGAGCACAAGAGCAAUGCCCGCAAUGCAUUGAGCGUCUUGGGGCGUCCCACCGCAGAGCAUUAUGUAGUAUGGUGCGAGCAGCGCCGAGCGUAG